CGAUGCGCGGCUCUCUCGAUCCCAAUCCAUUCAGAGGGGCUGCCCCUUCUCUCCUCGCUCUCCGCUUGGUCGUAGAAAAGAAGUCCGGGCAGGGGACAUGGCCGCCGCCGGUGGCAUUUUCCCAUCGCGCCUCGAUUUGGCCGGCUCGGCGGAGGCGCUCGCGGCCUGGAGGGUCGGCGGAGCGCCUCACCUUGGCCUGGAUGCUGGCCGCCAUGGAGCUCGCCUCGGCCUAGAACUGGGGCUCGACGGGGCCUCCCGGCCCAGUUCAUGGCCGCAGCCGUCUCGGCUGUGCAGGCCGGCGUCGUGACGUGGUGGCCAGGCGCUGGUUGCUGCCUCACCCGACCCCAGCGUGCUUGCAGGCCUCUCCGGCAUCUCUGCUCCUGGUUCGCUCUGUUUACUCGUGGAGGCCAAAGGGGGUCGUGACCCCCCCUCCAAAACUGUAUUUUGUUACUAAUUACUAAGCGUUUUGGUGCAGCCCAUCCGUGGAUCAUGUCUUGCCAAUUUAAUUAUUAUCUACAUUGUUUUUUGAGCAUUAGAUCCAUUAACUGAAAGGUAUAGACGUACUCUGUAUGUACAAAGCUUGUGUUGUUAAGAUGACAAAUCGACGACUGCCGAUGAGACGACUGCCAUAUGUUCGAUUACCUUGUGAAUUCAUGUCAUUCGUAUAAGUUUUUAUGCAUAUUUUUCUGCCAGUUUAAAAGUUGCCCCCCCCCUUAGCUUUUCACGGUACGCCACUGGCUGUUUGAGCACCACUAUGUAGAUAUUAGAUGAUAUAUGUGCGUCAACAGAGCAGAGGAUUCAGGUUUAGUCAUCCUCUGCAUUGCAUUUGAUUCAGAUUACUAUAAGAUGAUUUUUAAUAGAUAUUUGGUCUUACAUGAGUCACAUUGGAAAUGUUUUUUCCUAUUGAUUCAGAGUAGUAUUUUCAUGAACAACCUAUCACUGAUACAUCGCCUUUCAUGUUCAUUCACAUAUGCUUAAUACUUCUGAAUAAUGUACGUCAAGAGAACCUAGGGUUCAGGUUUAGUGCAUCCUCUGCAUGUUCUACAGCUUGACCUUGAGCUUCAUUCAGUUUGAGCUGCCUCAAAUUUUAAUAUGAGUUAAACUGAUUUGAUUUUAUGCCUGCUUAAUGUAUUGCGUUUCUUCUUACAUUGACUCAAAAUUUUAUGUCUGGUUUACCUACACAAGGGCACAAUGAUGAAUUUUACGGAGGAUGCUCCUGUAAAGAAAGGCUCUGUUCUCUUAACAAGGAUGGAAAGUAUAACGGCAUACAAAAACCAACGUGGACAACCCAGAUCUGGAACUCCAGAACAAUCUGACACUCCAGUGUCUGCUAAUGACAUGUGUUCCCUUGCUGAAUGGCCAUCCCAUGCUCGCCGCAACCGUGCACUACUACAGGAUGAAGCUGGUGGACAGAAGAAGAAAGGGCGAGGUGUUCUAAAAGGUUUUAAAGCAUCUAAGAAGCGUUUUGCCAAUGGAUCUGCAAAGCUAAAUAUUACAUUCUCUCAAAAAUUGGGUGGUACAGUAGGAAUGAACUAUCGUUCGUUCAAGGAUGACGUGGUAGCCGUAAUGAAAAGAAAGUUACCACUCAUUGGAGUGAGGACGUGGUCGGACAUUCACCCUACCAUUCAUCGACUCAUUAUUGCAGACAUGAUAGACAGAUGGGACUUGGAAGAUACACCAGAAACAGAAGAAAAAGUUCUCAAAAUUGCGAAAGAGCGAUAUAGAGGCUGGCGAUCAACUCUAAGCUCCACUUACAAGGCAUACAAAACAGAUGCAGCUAGAUUGGCUAAUCUGCCGGAUGAUUUGCAACCAGAAGAGUGGGAAUGGAUGAUUGAGUACUUUGGCACUGAUUCAAAAUUUCAGAGAAACUUGGAAACUGGAGAAGAGCCAGAUUGUAUUGCUCUGUGGGAACUCACCCACACGAACGAUGGAACAUGGUCUAACACAGAUUCCCAGAAAGUUUACGACAAAGCACUUCAAGAGGUUAAAAUGAAAGAAACUGAAACUGAAGGUCCACUUUCAAGUGAGCAGAAAAACAAUAUUUUCCAGACCGCUUACAAAGACACUCUGGAAUGCAAGUCAUCGCAGCCUCGUGGGUACGGAUACAUGGCCAAAACUUCAACUGGUUCUGAAAGGUUUCGUAUCCAGAUCGAAGAGCAAGCUCGUGCUACAGUAGCCACCCAGGAGCAAAACUCUCAGCUCAGCCAGCAAGUCAACGAAUUAGAAGAUCAACUACAAGCUGAACGUGCAAACACACAAGAGAGGAUUAACUUGGAGUGUGCUGAGAGAGAACAACUUGAGGAGAGGUUAAAAGAAGAGUGUGCUAAAAGGGAAAGAUUGUUGCAAGAGGAGCGAACAUCAAGACUGGAAUUUGAAAGAAACAUGAUGGCAAAGUUUAUAGAAUUGAGCCAACAGAUGGGAACCCAACAGGUGCCUACGAAGAGGGUUGACAAAGAAAAUAGUAAUCCAAACUUGCAAAAUAUUCUUUUACAGAGAUCUAGUCCUAAUAAGACUCCAGGUUCAAGGCCAACUGCUAUUUCUUCAAAUGCGCUCAUACAAGCUGCAGCAAGGCAUUCUCGAAUGUUUAAAGCAAUGGAUCCAAAGAACUAGCUGGAUUGGACUCUAGAUCACGGGCAGUUUAGUCUUCGAAGUUAAUUAGGAUGGCUAAAUUACAUUUGAGUUUUAUUUGAUGGAUAUUUGCUAUGAGAAUUAUGAAUUUUAUGAAUCUGGAUAUUAUACGUAUGGUUUUGAAUAUUGUAAUCGAAAGCCUGUUUUUUUUUACGGUUGCAAUAGACUAUUACCACAACCCACUUUCGGUUGCCACAUGCUAGCACCACUAAAGAUAUAGUGUUGCGUUAUAUCUCAUUCGCUACGCCUAUCUGUUUUGUUGCACUAGGAUGUUGCAACGGAGCACUUUAUAUUGUUGUAAUAGCUUGGUGCCACAAAAAAUUUCAUGAUGCGAUAACAGUUUGGCGCCACCAAAGUAAGUUUGUUGAAAUAGAGUAUCGCCACGGAAAGUAUAAAUUGUCGCAAUAAUUUCUCGCUACAAAGUUU